GACAAAGUUGUGGCCACAUAGAAGAAUAAUACGGUCGAGACAAACGUCUAAAGGAGUCUCUCUCUUAUUUUCAUUUCUCUUCACACAGCUUACAGCAAAGCCGAUUUUUUCCACGCGAAGUGUCGUCUACGUGCCUCUGUUCUUUUCUUUCUGCCGAAGAUCCUCUUCUCUUAAAACAACGAUCCUUCGUGAACUUAAAGAUAUUCGUCUAAAGUUGUGGUUAAAUCUACCAACUUUUUGAACCAAUACGAGAAUUAGGAUUAACCUGGGUUCAGAAAAUUAGAAAAUAUGGUGGUUUCAACUAUACAAGAAAACGGAACAACAGAUGAAACAACAAAUGGUACAAUACAUGGAACAAUAAAUGGAUCGGCAAAUGGAGAUUGUCCUUCCUCACCGAUAGGUAUUGGUCCUGGAAAUUAUCAUUUAGUUGGAUGGGAUAUGGAUACAACUGGAAAAAAGUUGACCGAUGAAAUUUGUCAAAUUGCUGGAUACACGCCGAAUUCUAAUUAUUCCCAAUAUGUAAUGCCUUACAAGGAUCUCAAUCCACCUGCUAUCAAGCGACAUAACAUGAGAGUUGUAACCGUUGGGAAAUACCGUAUGCUUAAAAAUAGUAAAACUAAUAAGGUAUUGAAAACUAAGAGCGAAGUGUCAGCGUUAACAGAUUUUUUGACUUGGUUAGAAUCCGUCAAAGGAGACUCCGAUGAUGGAAUUAUAUUACUUUAUCAUGAACCGCGUAAAGUCAUCCCUGCUAUGCUGCUUGAAUCUUUACAAAGGUAUAAUCUUGUGGAAAGAUUUAAACAAACGGUUAAAGGCUUUGCCAAUGGUUUUAAUAUUGCCGAAGCUAAAUUAGUAAGCUCUGUACGUACUUUUUCUCUACGUACUCUUUCACGUACAUUACUUAAAAAGACAGAAGAAUUAGACAAUGCAAAGGAUAGAGCAUAUCUAGCCUUACAAGUUUUACAGUAUAUAAGUCAACAAGAUAAUGCAAAGGUAGACGAAUCAACUGGAAGUGGGGACAGUAGUAAUACAUCUAUGAAAAGCACAAUAGAUUUUAUUCUACCAUUUGUUCAACCCAUCCAAGUUGAAGAAGAAGAACGUGCAAAACUGAAAGUAGUAUUUGAGCGACAAAAUAGUUUGAGACCAAUUUUUGGUCCGUUAUUCAAAGCAAGUCGUAAGGAACGCCAACAUGCAAGUCCUCUACGUCGACUAUUAGCAGAAGCUGGUAUAGAAUAUAUGCAAUUACAGGAAGCUUGGUCUGAUGCUCAGAAGGAUGGUCUAGAAAAAUUAAUAAAAGAAAAGCUAAUAGCAGCAGAAGACAAAAAAGUAGAUGAUUUGAUCAAAGUUUUGGAAAGUUACUUUGAUCCUGAGAAAAAUCCAAAGGCUAAGACAAGGCAUGAAAAGAAAGAAAUUAAAUCAGAAUCUUCAAAGAUCGUAGAUGAUAGAGUAAAUAAUAAUAUGUUGGACAAUAAUAAUGAAACUCCUGAUACUAAAUCUAAUUCUCCUAAUAAUAUAAAGUUAGAACUACCAGAAAAUGAUAAAGUUAUACAGUUAGUAGAAGGCAAUUAGCUUGACAUGUUAAAAUAUUUCGGUUAAUUGAAUCUAUCACUUUGAAAAUAGUUUCGGUCAAAUCAUUAAAUGAUUGGUUGUAACUAUUCGAAAUAUUAGAUUCAAAAAUAAGAUAGAUCCAUUACCUUUAAUAUUCAAAACAUAUAUCUUAUGAAAAGUGAAAGUUACAAUUUCAUAUUGUUAUUAUCAUUAUUUUUUUUAUUUGUUGUGAUGAAAAAGAGUUAUGUCCCUGAGGGAUAUAUAUCGUUUCAGUCGACUAACAUACGUACGUGAUCAACAUAUUAAUUAUUUUUAGUUUACUUUGCCAUAAUUAUUAUUACCUUAACUUCGUUGAAGUUUAUCCCUGAAUUUUAUAUAAUUUUUUUUACUUAAUUAUAAGAUUGAUUGAAAUUCUAAUAAGAAUGUAAUCGUUCAGAGACUGAUCAACGUGUUAAAAUGAACGACAUUCGAAC